AUGUAUCGGCCCUCAGAAGAGGCAAGAAGGAUUUUCGAUCUUCUUCGUCAGAACUCCGAACGCCUCGGUCUUCCAGCCGAUAUUCUUACUAGCCAAGUACAAUUUCAUUCUGAUUUAGAUAUGAUUCACUAUCCGAUCCCUUUCAAGGUCACCGAGGCCCUGGCCGCCCUCAAGGGGAUAGAAGGGGCCCUGGCAGCUUUGAUAGCGGAUCUACAAUCAGAGACUAAGCCACAUGAACGAAAGACUACAAUCAACCUUGAAAGGGCAACGCUUUUCGGCUUUCAAGCACUAAUCACCAAGAUCAAUGGAUACUCUCGGUCUGACCCCGAGGUCAAAAGGUACUUGAAAGAUACGGAUAUCCAUGCUGCACAAUCAAAUCCGUAUCGGCGGAUGGCAGCCAGUAUGUAUCGGACCAAGAACGACAACGAGUUCUUCCAUUUGCAUGGUUCUUUAAACCCCACUCCCACUCUAAAUAUGAUCGGUCUAGACAGCCACUGCGCGGAUCUCACUAAUUACGAUGAUAUCAUAAACACUAUCCAAAGCCAAGUUCAGAAGUUCUCCGCAGCUGACCUAGAGACCCUCAACGAGACUUAUCGGCAAGCAGGGGUAACGGUGUAUGAGUAUGAGGAAUUCAUCAACACCCCUCAUGGUAGAACUAACAUCCAGGAACCAUGGUGGAAGGUCAUGCGCCUGCCAGGGGAGACACCUCCAGCCGCGUUCAACCCUAGUGGAAGUCCUAGGAUACUCGAAAGCAUCAAGGUCUUGGAGCUCUGUUGUGUCAUUGCAGGGCCCAUCAUCGGUCGUACAUUAGCCGAAUAUGGAGCGGAUGUCUUGAAGAUUACAUCGCCAACGGUGCCUGACGUGCCAUUCUUUCAGGUCGACAAUAACAUGGGCAAGCGUGCUGUGGAAUUAGAUCUCAAAACUGACGAGGGCCGCCGCCAGUUCGAAGCCCUUCUCGCCGAUUCUGACGUGGUCAUCGAUGGUUACCGCCCUGGUGCCCUUCAAAAACUUGGUUACAGUCCAGAAAGUAUGGCCGCUAUGGCAGAAAAGCGUGGAAAAGGCAUCGUCUACGUAGACGAAACCUGCUUUGGGCACGCAGGCGAGUGGUGCCAUCGCCCAGGAUGGCAACAGAUAGCUGACUGCCUUACCGGGUUUGCAAGGUGUCAUGGGAGGUUCCUCGGGCGUGCGGAACCGAUGGUAUCCCCAUUGCCUAUAGCGGACUCUGGCGCCGGUUGCAUGGGCGCUAUCGCUGCCUUGACUGGUCUUUACAAUCGGGCUCAAUACGGUGCUCGUAUAUUGUUCAACCUGCUGCUCUUCGCAGCCGGAAAGUACCCUGAAUCGGUGGAGUCACAGUUGCAGAAAUCUUUUGCUCCUGCAUUCUCCAAAAUACGCUUCUGCGAUAGCGUCGGCCGCAGUUCUGUCUUAGCAUUAGAGGUUAUGAGGGAACGAUUUCCAUACCUCUUUGUGGAGCCAUCUCUUGAAGAUCGCCAGAAGAAUCUGGCAGAGGUGUGGUACUCUCAUCACUACGGUGCGGACGUGGAAGUUGUACGACCUGUAGCUGAGAUCGAGGGGGUUAUGAACGGUUUCGCUCGUGCAACGAGACCAAAUGGUGCAGAUGUAUCUCCAUCCUGGGAAUUCCCUGAAGAACAGGGUUCAUGGAAGCUUUAG